GAUUGAGCAACACUAUGAAGUUCACUUUAAGUACAAACAUCCUGGGAGGUUAAACUUAGAAGAGCAAAACGGGCAGUGGGCGGAUAGAGGAAGAAGAUGAGUUGAAUCUUCUGGUUAUCAUAGUUGACACCAACCCGAUUUGGUGGGGAAAGCAAGCAUUAAAGGGAUCUCAGUUCACUUUAUCCAAGUGCAUGGAUGCUGUGAUGGUGCUGGCGAAUUCCCACCUCUUCAUGAACCGCUCCAACCAGCUGGCGGUGAUAGCCAGCCACAUCCAGGAAAGCCGAUUCUUAUACCCGGGGAAGAAUGGCAGACUUGGAGACUUCUUUGGAGACCCUGGCAACCCGCUUCCUGACUAUAAUCCCUCCGGGAGUAAAGACGGGAAAUACGAAUUGUUGACAGCUGCAAAUGAGGUGAUCGCCGAGGAGAUCAAAGAUCUGAUGACCAAAAGUGACAUAAAGGGCCAGCACACAGAGACAUUGCUAGCAGGAUCCCUCGCCAAAGCCCUUUGCUAUAUUCACAGAGUGAGCAAGGCAGUUAAAGAUAAUCAGGAGAUGAAAUCAAGGAUAUUGGUGAUCAAGGCUGCAGAGGACAGCGCACUGCAGUACAUGAACUUCAUGAACGUCAUCUUUGCUGCUCAGAAGCAGAAUAUUCUCAUCGAUGCCUGCGUCCUAGACUCGGAUUCCGGGCUUCUCCAACAGGCUUGUGACAUUACAGGGGGAUUGUACCUGAAGGUGCCUCAGAUGCCUUCCCUCCUGCAGUACUUACUGUGGGUUUUUCUUCCGGAUCAAGAUCAGCGAUCUCAGCUAAUCCUCCCGCCUCCGAUCCACGUGGACUACAGGGCUGCCUGCUUCUGUCACCGAAGUCUCAUUGAGAUUGGCUAUGUCUGCUCCGUGUGUCUGUCCAUUUUCUGCAAUUUCAGCCCCAUCUGCACCACGUGCGAGACAGCCUUUAAGAUCUCGCUCCCUCCUGUACUGAAGGCUAAGAAAAAGAAACAGAAGGUGGCCCUGUGAUGAGCGAUGUGCACGCGUUUCCCCUUCUUGCUGCCGCCUGCUCUCCCUGGAGGGCGCUGCUCUCAUCCUGUGCUUGUAGGGUGGAGCUGACGUGCACCCCAAGCCUCCCAUGUUCAAUGGAAAGGGGACAAGCACAGGGUUAACACUUUCUGUCUGUUGCUUAGCAGAAGCCUGGUUCAUCUGUUGUUGCUCUCUUCCUUGGGGCUGGGUGUUGAAUCCCCGCCUUGCAGGUCCUCGGCCAGCACCCCACUGCUCCGCUGCAGCCGCCUGGGAUUUUGUCCUUAGAUUUGUCCUCCGUCACAGCUUAUCAUCUACAUUCUGGGCUUUCUGUACUAAAAGAUGGGCAGUGAGUGAAGUUGGAAUGCCACUCGGGAAGGUGACCAGCAUUGGGUCAUCAUCAGUCAUGACAAAGCAUCUUGGUUGGACUGGUGUGCACAUGCCUGGAAUCCUGGGUCAGGAAGGUUUGGAAUUCAGAUCCUGCCUGUCUUUUAAGAAAAUGAACAUUUUAUAUCAAAUAAGUUGUUUCCUUUAACUAUAUUUAAAUGUAACCUGACCUAAAGGCAUAAGCCUUCAAUCCCAGCACUCAGGGUGCAGAGAUUGAGGCCAGCCUGGUCUACGCAGUGAGUUGAAAUCAAUCAGGGUUGCAUCUUGCCACUUCAUUUACAAAAACAAACCAAACCAAACCAGUAGUCAGUGUAGGAGACCUGCUGACUCGAGGCUCCCCGCAGCUGUUAGCUGUUCUGUAUUUGUCUGGUAUGCCCUCAUAUUUGCACAGAGUUAACCAAGAUUAUUAGUAAUGGUUUUCAACAAAAAUGUAUAAAAUCUGAAUUUAAAUAUACAAAAGGAGCAAUCGCAGGGGCUGUGGUAAAGGUUGUCAGAGACACACGCGAGGGAAGAGUUUGUCGCCUGGGGUCAGAGCCACCUCAUGGGGAAAAGGAGCUAUCUAGAGGUAUAACCCUGUCAUUUUCUAAUAGAAUAACAUUAAUGUUGGAGAACUGUUGAAUACUAAAAUGUAAAUGAGUUUAAUCGAAACACUUGUAAUUUCAACAAUAAAAAUUCUAUUUUUAUAUUUA